CCGUCUCGAAAAAAGAAAAGAAAAUAUUUUCUCUAUGAUGGUGUAUUAGUUUGCUCCAGCUGCCAUAAAAGUACCACAGAUGGGGUGGCUAAAACAACAGAAAUAUAUUUUCUCGCAGUUCUGGAGGCUUGAAGUCUGAGAUCGAGGUGUUGGCAGGUUUGGUGUCUCCUGAGGCCUCUCUCCUUCACUUGCAGAUGUCUGCCUUCUCUCUUUGUCCUCAUGCGGCCUUUCCUCUGUGUUCCCACAUUUCUGGUAUCUCUUAUGUGUCCUAAUCUCCUCUUACAAGGACACCAGUCAGAUUGGAUUAGGGUUCACCACCGAAACGGCCUCAUUUUAACUUAAUCACCCUUUUAAAGGCCUUAUCUCUGGGUACAGUCACAUUUUGAGGUUAAGGUUUCAACAUAUGAAUUCUAAGCGCCACAAAAUUCAGUCAAUAACAGAUGGCUUUUUAAAGUAUAAGGAAAGGGGUGGUGCCGGGGGGAGUUUUGAAGACAGUGUAACUAUCAUUGAAGAGUGUAGAAGAAGGAGCUUACUAGAGAAAUGUAGCCUUAGGGUCAGUUGAGGUUGAAGAUCAUUCAUUUAUAUCUAUCGGGCCCAGUUAUUGGAGUCUCCGCAGCAGCAGUCAGGUAUGUGUGUGGAGUAAAGAGGAACUCUGCUUUGAUGAGGCUCCUGGAUGCUCACAUGGGCUUAUUAACCAGCCAAAUGACCACCUCUAGUGCACAAAAUUGAACUGUAAAUGAGUUUUAUUCACAUCCUUGGCACAAUUACAAAUUACUAUUUGUAACGGACCUUUUUGGCUGCUCUCGAGUUGUUGAAAACAUGGAAGUUAAAUCUGUGACUGCUAAGAUUGUAUUGCAUUCACCAAUGCACAAAUUGGCUGGAACAGUUUUUUCAAUCUGUUCUAUAAAUGGUCUUUCAUGAUUGCUCACCACUCUCUUCCUCUUUCUCUAUCCCACUUUCUUUCUUCUUUUUUUUUUUUUUUUCAUCUUCACUUAUCAAUGAUUUAUUGAGUACCUACUAAGUGUCUGGCACUAAGGAUGAAGAGUCCACAAUCUGUCAUAUGUCUAUAUGCAGGUAUAUAUGUGUACAGUGUACAUAUAUAUGCAGAUAUGUAUACUCUCUAUAUAUCCUAAAGACCUGAGUGAUAAGUGCUGUUACUAAAGUAUUAAUUCAUUUGUUCAUUUAAUCCUAUGAACAUACUGAGUUCCUACUAAGUACCGGUGUGUUAGGCUUGGGAUAGAGCCAUGAGUAAGGUAUAGUUUCUGCCCUUAAGAAAUUUACAAGCUGGUAUAGAAAAAUGAACAGGUAAGUACACAGAGACAAUGCAAUAUGACUUUUGUAAAAUAUUAAAAGAUCUCAAAGAAAAAAGAGACUCUCGUCUCUGCUUUGCUCUGCAUAUUUGGGUACCUGUGGAAAGGAGCUAUUGUUGCAUUUUAAUGAAAAGAGCUAUAAAAAGAACAUCCUUUCAUUUAACAAACAUUUUUGAAUGCUUGUAAUCGUUGUGUAGUGAUGGUUUUAUAGCUCUUGAAUUAUGAGCAAGCCACUGAGUUGGGGGAUCUGUGAGUUUUUUCCUCAUUUGCACUUACUGUCCGUACCCUGUACUAUUAUCAACUCCUUUUCUUAGGUGGUGGAAUGAUUAAUGGUAUUCCUGAAAUACUCUACAGAAACCUGCUGAAUAUUAAAACUUGAGAAAAGUCACAGUAAUGCUUCAUUACUGUGACAGUGGGUGAGCAGACAGCAUGUGCUGGCCUAGCAUGUAUCUCGGAUAUUUGGAACUUGGAACUAUGCAUUAAUAUGGGGAUUUUCUUGUAAUAUGAUUUUAAAAAUAUAAUGAAUAGCAGAUCAAAAACACUGAGCAGGAAAUGGACUUUUGUAGAUUAUGCAGUUGAACCGUUUUCAAGUAUCACCUAUUUAUACUUUAUCUUAGGAAAAAAAGUUAUUUACAACCAAAUACUUAUGGAGUUAAUUGAGAUGAUGUUUAUAAACUUGUUGCUUUCUUUGGAGCUGAUGUGUCACACAGACUCAAGGUAUUAUUAUCUGUAAUCUAGACUUAUUUCUUUGGGAAAAUGCUAACCAUAUUAUGGAAAUAGUUCAGGUAGUGGAAGAGAGAAAAGGCAAAUCUGAUAAAUGGUGUAUGUAGGAUUUAGAAUCAGUGAUUAACCUGGUAACUGCUGGAAAUUGCAUUGAUGUCAAGCAAUGGACGUUCACAUUCAUGUGAACGUCACGUUCACGUGGACAUCAUUCCAGAAUCAUAUUCUAGAGUAUGUCAUAGUGGAAAGAUCACUGGAUUGGGAUCAGGAAAUCUAAGCACUAGUCUGGCUCUGCCAUUGACCACCUAUGUGUCUCAUUUUCCCCAUCUUUAAAAGGAAGUGGUUAUGGGAAGAGGUCUCUAAGGUCCUUCCAGUUCUGAUAUUUUAUCGUUCUGUGCUUCUACGUCCCACACUUAUCAAAAGGAUUCUGAGUUAGAAUGCAUCCAGGAGCUUAUUUCCAUGGGCUAUUGGGAACAGCAGGCCUUGCUUCUCCAGGACUUGAUAUGUCUUCUGUUAACUGCUGACAGUGAGCCAUACCACCUAAAAGGCUCCUUUGGUAGCCUUAAAGAUUGAAAGGACAAGUGGACAGUGUUGAGAACCCUGUGGAAGAGGAGACCAGAAAGACGUUGAUCAUCAUGGCUCCUUGGGAUUUGCAAAGAGGAAUGACUAGAACGGGGUCCUUCACUACAGCCAGGUCAAAGGUCAGGUCAGGAAUGUGGACAAUGCUGGUGACUCCAGUUGCUUCCAAGAUCCGGUACUUGCAGGAAUAUCAUAACCGGGUUCUCCACAACAUUUAUCCUGUACCAUCAGGAACAGAUAUUGCAAACACCUUGAAAUACUUUUCUCAGACCUUGUUAAGCAUUUUGUCCCGCACAGGGAAGAAGGAAAACCAAGAUGCCUCCAAUUUGACAGUGCCCAUGACCAUGUGUCUUUUUCCUGUGCCAUUCCCACUCACCCCAUCUCUAAGACCGCAGGUCAGUUCCAUCAACCCUACUGUUACUCGCUCCCUCCUUUACAGCGUCCUGCGAGAUGCUCCCUCAGAACGUGGCCCGCAAAGUCGUGAUGCUCAGUUGUCAGACUACCCUUCUUUGGACUACCAAGGCCUCUACGUGACUUUGGUGACUCUCCUGGAUCUAGUUCCUUUACUACAGCACGGCCAACACGAUCUUGGACAGUCGAUAUUUUAUACAACUACAUGUUUGCUACCUUUUCUCAAUGAUGAUAUUCUGAGUACUUUGCCCUAUACGAUGAUAUCAACGUUAGCUACCUUUCCUCCAUUUCUGCACAAGGAUAUCAUUGAAUAUCUUAGCACAUCUUUUCUACCAAUGGCUAUAUUGGGCUCCUCAAGGAGAGAAGGCGUACCUGCCCAUGUUAACCUCUCUGCAUCGUCCAUGCUCAUGAUCGCAAUGCAGUACACAUCCAAUCCAGUGUAUCAUUGUCAAUUACUGGAAUGCCUCAUGAAAUAUAAACAAGAAGUCUGGAAAGAUCUUUUGUAUGUGAUUGCGUAUGGGCCUUCACAAGUGAAGCCUCCAGCUGUGCAAAUGCUUUUCCACUACUGGCCCAAUUUAAAACCUCCUGGGGCAAUAAGCGAGUACAGGGGGUUGCAGUACACAGCUUGGAAUCCCAUCCACUGCCAGCACAUUGAAUGCCACAAUGCAAUUAACAAACCAGCUGUGAAGAUGUGUAUAGACCCUUCCCUGUCAGUAGCAUUGGGUGAUAAACCACCCCCGUUGUAUCUCUGUGAAGAAUGCAGCGAGAGGAUUGCAGGGGACCACAGUGAGUGGCUGAUUGAUGUUCUUCUGCCGCAAGCUGAAAUAUCUGCUAUAUGUCAGAAAAAGAACUGCAGUUCCCACGUUAGAAGAGCAGUUGUCACCUGCUUCUCAGCAGGGUGCUGUGGUCGCCACGGAAACAGGCCUGUUCGGUACUGCAAGAGGUGCCACUCAAAUCAUCACAGUAAUGAAGUGGGGGCCGCUGCGGAGACUCACCUCUAUCAGACCUCCCCUCCGCCCAUCAACACGCGGGAAUGCGGUGCUGAGGAGCUGGUCUGCGCCGUGGAGGCCGUGAUCAGCUUGUUGAAAGAAGCUGAGUUCCAUGCUGAGCAGCGAGAAUAUGAGCUGAACCGGCGGCGGCAGCUGGGCCUCUCCUCUUCCCACCAUUCCCUGGAUAAUGCUGACUUUGAUAACAAGGACGAUGAUAAACAUGAUCAGAGGCUGCUCAGUCAAUUCGGAAUAUGGUUCUUAGUGAGCCUCUGCACACCCAGUGAAAACACGCCUACAGAAAGCUUGGCCCGGCUGGUGGCCAUGGUGUUUCAGUGGUUUCACUCCACUGCAUAUAUGAUGGAUGAUGAAGUGGGAAGUCUGGUGGAAAAGCUGAAGCCUCAGUUUGUCACCAAGUGGCUGAAGACAGUAUGUGAUGUUCGCUUCGAUGUCAUGGUCAUGUGCCUUCUUCCUAAACCCAUGGAAUUUGCCAGGGUUGGUGGCUACUGGGAUAAGUCCUGUAGCACAGUGACUCAGCUGAAGGAAGGUCUCAAUCGAAUCCUCUGCCUGAUCCCCUAUAAUGUGAUCAGUCAAUCUGUCUGGGAGUGUAUUAUGCCGGAAUGGCUGGAAGCCAUCAGAACAGAAGUCCCAGAUAAUCAGUUAAAAGAAUUCAGGGAAGUAUUAAGCAAAAUGUUUGACAUUGAACUCUGUCCUCUGCCUUUCUCAAUGGAGGAGAUGUUUGGUUUUAUUAGUUGUCGGUUUACAGGAUACCCCUCAUCUGUGCAGGAGCAAGCUUUACUAUGGCUUCAUGUAUUAUCGGAGUUAGAUAUCAUGGUUCCACUUCAACUCCUAAUAAGUAUGUUUUCUGAUGGAGUUAAUUCGGUCAAAGAGCUGGCAAAUCAAAGAAAAUCAAGAGUCAGUGAACUGGCAGGGAACCUUGCAUCUCGAAGGGUGAGUGUUGCCUCUGAUCCUGGUCGACGAGUUCAGCACAAUAUGCUCAGUCCAUUUCAUAGUCCUUUCCAGAGUCCGUUUCGGAGUCCUAUGCGUAGUCCAUUUCGUAGCCCUUUCAAGAAUUUUGGACACCCAGGAGGAAGGACUAUUGACUUUGAUUGUGAAGAUGAUGAAAUGAAUCUAAAUUGUUUCAUCCUCAUGUUUGAUCUUCUCCUGAAGCAGAUGGAGUUACAAGAUGAUGGAAUCACGAUGGGUUUAGAGCACAGCUUAUCAAAGGACAUUAUUUCUAUUAUAAACAAUGUUUUCCAAGCCCCCUGGGGGGGAUCCCACACCUGCCAGAAGGACGAAAAAGCAAUCGAGUGCAACUUAUGUCAGUCUAGUAUCCUCUGCUAUCAGCUUGCUUGUGAACUCCUGGAGAGACUAGCUCCCAAAGAAGAAAGCCGGCUGGUGGAGCCCACAGACAGCCUUGAGGAUAGCCUCCUUUCUUCCAGACCGGAGUUUAUCAUAGGCCCUGAAGGGGAGGAGGAGGAGAAUCCUUCAAGCAAGCAUGGGGAGAACCCAGGCAAUCGCACCGAGCCUGUGGAACGUGCUGCAGUAAAGAAUGAUACUGAAAGAAAAUUUUGCUACCAACAGCUUCCGGUAACAUUGAGACUAAUAUAUACCAUUUUCCAGGAAAUGGCUAAGUUUGAAGAGCCAGACAUUCUUUUUAAUAUGCUCAAUUGCCUGAAGAUUCUUUGUCUGCAUGGAGAGUGUUUAUACCUUGCCAGAAAAGAUCACCCUCAAUUUUUAGCCUACAUUCAGGACCAUAUGUUGAUUGCAAGCCUGUGGAGGGUCGUCAAAUCCGAGUUCUCUCAGCUGUCUUCACUGGCAGUUCCUCUUCUCCUCCAUGCCCUGUCACUUCCUCAUGGUGCUGACAUCUUCUGGACAAUCAUAAAUGGCAAUUUCAACAGCAAAGACUGGAAGAUGAGGUUUGAAGCAGUGGAAAAAGUGGCUGUAAUUUGUAGAUUUCUGGAUAUUCACUCAGUGACCAAAAACCACCUGCUGAAGUACUCCCUGGCACAUGCCUUCUGCUGCUUCCUGACGGCGGUGGAGGAUGUCAACCCUGCAGUGGCUACCAGAGCUGGUCUCCUGCUUGACACCAUAAAGAGGCCAGCAUUGCAGGGUCUGUGUCUUUGUCUUGACUUCCAGUUUGAUACUGUGGUUAAAGACAGACCCACAAUUUUGAGCAAGCUUUUACUCUUGCAUUUUCUUAAGCAGGAUAUUCCUGCUUUGAGCUGGGAGUUCUUUGUCAAUAGAUUUGAGACACUUUCUUUGGAAGCCCAGCUACAUUUGGAUUGUAACAAGGAAUUUCCUUUUCCUACAACCAUCACUGCUGUGAGGACCAACGUUGCUAACCUCAGCGAUGCAGCCUUAUGGAAGAUCAAGAGAGCUCGCUUUGCAAGAAACCGCCAGAAGAGUGUACGUUCCCUGAGGGACAGUGUGAAAGGGCCCGUGGAAUCCAAGAGGGCACUCUCCCUCCCUGAGACCCUGACCUCCAAAAUUCCUAUGAGGUUGACCAGGCAUGAGCAGUCUGCUCCAGCUCUCGGUGGGACACCCGAACAGACGCCAGGACAACAGUCUCCCGAGAAUGACAACACCAUCAAGGACCUGCUCCCAGAAGAUGCUGGGAUUGACCACCAGACAGUUCACCAGCUGAUCACAGUGCUCAUGAAGUUCAUGGCCAAGGACGAGAGCAGCGCCGAGUCAGACAUCAGCAGUGCAAAGGCCUUCAACACGGUCAAGCGACACCUGUACGUCUUACUCGGCUAUGACCAGCAGGAAGGUUGCUUCAUGAUUGCACCUCAAAAAAUGCGCCUGUCAACUUGCUUUAAUGCAUUCAUUGCAGGAAUUGCCCAAGUUAUGGACUAUAACAUUAACUUGGGAAAACACCUUCUCCCCUUAGUGGUUCAGGUGCUCAAAUACUGCUCUUGUCCUCAACUCCGGCAUUAUUUCCAACAGCCACCUCGUUGCUCCCUCUGGUCACUAAAGCCUCACAUCCGGCAGAUGUGGUUGAAGGCCUUGCUUGUCAUCCUUUACAAGUAUCCAUACCGAGACUGUGAUAUCAGCAAGAUCCUGCUGCAUCUGAUUCACAUAACAGUCAAUACACUCAAUGCGCAGUAUCAUAGCUGCAAGCCCCAUGCCACGGCAGGACCUUUGUACAGUGACAACAGUAACAUAAGCAGAUACAGCGAAAAAGAAAAAGAAGAAGAUAGUGUUUUUGAUGAAUCUGAUAUUCAUGAUACACCUACUGGACCCUGCAAUAAAGAGUCUCAAACUUUUUUUGCAAGAUUGAAAAGAAUAGGCGGCAGCAAAAUGGUGAAAUAUCAGCCGGUUGAGAUGAAUGUUCAGAGAAGUGAAAUAGAACUGGCUGAAUAUAGAGAGACGGGUGCAUUACAAGACAGCCUUCUCCACUGUGUGAGAGAAGAAAGCAUUCCGAAAAAAAAGCUGCGCUCUUUCAAACAAAAAUCUCUUGAUAUAGGGAAUGCAGACUCGCUUUUGUUUACAUUAGACGAACAUCGUAGGAAGUCGUGCAUAGAUCGGUGUGACAUAGAGAAGCCUCUGACCCAAGCUGCGUAUGUCGCACAAAGACCAAACGACCCUGGACGUUCUAGACAGAACUCUGCUACGAGGCCUGACAAUAGUGAAAUCCCCGAGAACCCAGCUCUGGAAGGGUUUCCAGAUGCUCGAAGGCCUGUCAUACCCGAGGUUAGGUUAAACUGUAUGGAGACAUUUGAGGUGAAAGUUGACUCGCCAGUAAAGCCUGCUCCUAAAGAGGAUUUAGAUCUGAUAGAUCUGUCCUCAGAUUCAACAUCGGGGCCUGAAAAACACUCUAUACUCUCAACCUCCGACAGCGACUCUCUUGUAUUUGAGCCUCUUCCCCCUCUCAGAAUAGUCGAGAGUGAUGAAGAAGAGGAGAUGAUGAACCAAGGCAAUGACGGCUCCUCUGCUAAAAAUGCUGCCUCCUGUCCUGCCAUCCCCAGCCAUCCCUCCGUCCUCAGCCUCAGCACAACUCCGCUUGUGCAAGUAAGUGUGGAGGAUUGUUCCAAAGACUUUUCUUCUAAGGACUCAGGAAAUAAUCAGUCAGCAGGGAACACGGACCCUGCCCUCAUCACUCUGGAAGACCCUAUGGACGCCGAAGGAUCCUCAAAGCCAGAGGAGCUGCCGGAGUUCUCCUGCGGUAGCCCACUAACGCUGAAGCAAAAACGAGACCUCCUUCAGAAGUCGUUUGCUCUCCCUGCAAUGUCGCUGGAUGAUCACCCUGACCCGGGCACCGAAGGGGAGAAGCCUGGGGAGCUGAUGCCAAGUUCAGGGGCAAAAACUGUCCUCCUCAAAGUCCCCGAAGAUGCGGAGAACCCCACAGAAAGUGAGAAGCCUGAUACCAGUGCAGAAUCUGAUACAGAACAGAAUCCUGAAAGGAAGGUGGAAGAGGAUGGAGCUGAGGAAUCCGAAUUUAAGAUUCAGAUUGUUCCCAGGCAGAGGAAGCAGAGGAAGAUUGCUGUCAGUGCUAUCCAGAGAGAGUACCUCGACAUCUCCUUCAACAUUCUAGACAAACUGGGAGAACAGAAAGAUCCAGAUCCUUCUACUAAAGGACUUUCAACUUUGGAAAUGCCACGAGAAUCUUCAUCUGCCCCUACGUUAGAAGCAGGUGCGCCGGAAACAAGUAGCCAUUCCUCAAUAUCAACUCAGUAUAGGCAGAUGAAAAGGGGAUCCCUGGGAGUUCUGACAAUGAGCCAGUUAAUGAAGCGGCAGCUGGAGCAUCAGUCUAGCGCCCCCCAUAACAUCAGCAACUGGGACACUGAACAGAUACAGCCUGGGAAACGCCAGUGUAAUGUGCCAACGUGCCUAAAUCCUGACCUGGAGGGACAACCAUUGAGGAUGAGAGGUGCCACCAAAUCCAGCCUGCUGUCAGCACCAAGCAUAGUCAGUAUGUUUGUGCCUGCACCCGAAGAAUUCACUGACGAGCAGCCGACGGUGAUGACGGACAAAUGCCAUGACUGUGGGGCUAUUCUUGAAGAAUAUGAUGAAGAGACACUCGGGCUGGCCAUCGUGGUCCUCUCCACAUUCAUCCACUUAAGCCCAGACCUGGCAGCCCCGUUGCUGCUGGAUAUCAUGCAGUCUGUGGGAAGAUUGGCAUCCAGUACUACCUUUUCUAAUCAAGCAGAAAGCAUGAUGGUUCCUGGCAAUGCGGCGGGGGUGGCCAAGCAAUUCCUGCGCUGCAUCUUCCAUCAGUUGGCCCCCAACGGCAUCUUCCCGCAGCUGUUCCAAAGCACCAUCAAAGAUGGGACUUUUUUACGGACCUUAGCCUCGUCUCUGAUGGACUUCAACGAGCUGAGCUCUAUCGCAGCUCUCAGUCAACUCCUAGAGGGUCUAAAUAACAAAAAGAAUUUACCAGCAGGGGGUGCUAUGAUACGCUGUUUGGAAAACAUUGCAACCUUCAUGGAAGCUUUGCCUAUGGAUUCUCCUAGUAGCCUGUGGACCACAAUCAGCAACCAGUUUCAGACAUUUUUUGCCAAGCUGCCUUGCGUUUUACCUCUGAAGUGUUCUUUAGAUUCCAGUUUGAGAAUUAUGAUUUGCCUCUUGAAGAUCCCUUCUACCAAUGCUACAAGGAGUUUGUUGGAACCAUUUUCAAAACUGCUCAGCUUUGUAAUUCAGAAUGCCGUCUUCACUCUGGCCUACCUGGUGGAGCUGUGUGGCUUAUGUUACCGAGCUUUCACUAAGGAACGAGAUAAAUUCUACUUGUCUCGUAGUGUUGUUCUAGAACUUCUGCAGGCCCUAAAACUCAAAUCUCCUUUACCAGAUACAAACCUUCUUCUGCUCGUCCAGUUUAUUUGUGCAGAUGCUGGAACCAAACUAGCUGAGUCAACAAUCCUGAGCAAGCAGAUGAUAGCCUCUGUACCUGGAUGUGGGACUGCAGCCAUGGAGUGUGUGAGGCAGUACAUCAAUGAAGUGCUGGAUUUCAUGGCAGACAUGCACACGCUGACCAAACUGAAGAGCCACAUGAAGACAUGUUCCCAGCCUCUGCAUGAAGAUACCUUUGGGGGACAUCUCAAAGUGGGGCUGGCCCAGAUUGCAGCCAUGGACAUCUCACGGGGCAACCACAGAGAUAACAAAGCUGUGAUCCGCUACCUGCCUUGGCUUUAUCAUCCCCCCUCUGCAAUGCAGCAAGGACCUAAAGAAUUCAUCGAGUGUGUCUCCCACAUCCGGCUGUUGUCCUGGCUUCUGCUGGGUUCCCUCACUCACAAUGCAGUGUGCCCAAAUGCCUCCUCUCCCUGCCUGCCCAUUCCUCUGGAUGCAGGCUCCCACAUUGCAGACCAUCUUAUUGUUAUCCUGAUUGGAUUUCCAGAGCAAUCAAAGACCUCCGUGCUGCACAUGUGCUCCCUCUUCCACGCGUUCAUCUUUGCUCAGCUCUGGACAGUGUAUUGCGAGCAAAGUGCCGUCGCUACAAAUCUCCAAAAUCAGAAUGAAUUCAGCUUCACAGCGAUACUGACAGCACUAGAAUUUUGGAGUAGGGUGACACCCAGCAUCCUUCAGCUAAUGGCCCAUAACAAAGUGAUGGUAGAAAUGGUGUGUCUCCAUGUGAUUAGUUUAAUGGAGGCAUUGCAGGAAUGCAAUUCGACCAUUUUUGUCAAGCUGAUACCUAUGUGGUUGCCAAUGAUUCAGUCAAAUAUCAAGCACUUAUCUGCGGGACUCCAGCUUCGCCUCCAGGCUAUUCAGAACCACGUGAACCACCACAGCCUAAGGACGCUGCCGGGCUCGGGCCAGAGCAGUGCUGGCCUGGCAGCCCUCCGCAAGUGGCUGCAGUGCACUCAGUUCAAAAUGGCCCAGGUGGAGAUCCAGUCCUCGGAAGCAGCCUCUCAAUUUUAUCCUCUAUGAGUGGACUCCUCGGCGCUCAGUGUCAACACUCUGGUUUAGCAAUAAUGGGUUUAAAAACAAACAAUUUGAUCCAAGCAGGUUGGGGAACAUAUUGGUACUGUACAUUCUCUUUCUAGUUUAGUAAAAGAUGUGCAAAGGCCAGAGAGGGCCGAAAAUGAAGCUUUCUUGCUACACAUAUUUCUGAUGACUCCUUGGGCUAUCUGAUUAAGUGUUUCCUUACAUUAUUUUUUAAAAACCAAAUCAUUUUUCUUUAACUAACUUCUAUUUUUUUUAAGAAAAAAAAAAUAGACUGGUGGGUACUCACAGAAAAGUUGUAUAAGUCCCCCUGUUGCUAUUUUUGAUGAUAGAGAAUAAAUAGGGUUUUUGAAACCUUUGUAGUGUUUUUUCUUAAAAUCCACUCUUGGCAAUGCAAUAAAAAAAACCGUCACCAUAAGCCAGUGACACCUGACUGAAGCUUUUUGUCAUUAUCCUGGGAAAAGUGGCAGCUUGCAAGGAACAUUACAAAGUGCACUUAGAAAUUAGGUGGUUAAACUGUGCCAAUUGUUUUCGUUGUUUUAUAAUAUCAUUUUCCAAAACUGUCCAGUAAGUUUUAUUAUUUUUAAAACUAGUUUUUCAACUCAUUAGUUCUAGGCUGUACUCUCUUGUAAGCUUUAUGAUAACCACUUUAGUUUUGUGAAUAAUAAAUUUUAUUCUUUUGUUAAUACUUGUAUACAAUUUAAUUGAAAACUGUAGCUUGCACACCGGACCAGAUGAGUCCCGCACUGGCACAGCGCCCUGCACCUGGAGUGAUGUUUCAUAAAAUGGAAUUUUAAUAGUUUCAGAGCACCAAGAUUUCUCCGUACCCUAUACCUAGCAUUGGACUGUGCAUUCCAAAUGAAAUUCCUCCUCUUUAUCCCUGUAAUGCACUGACUAACAGAAGACUUACUACACAUUUAAGCUGUAUAUUGACAUGCUAUUAAAUACAUUUUUUAUUA